AUACUUACAAUCUAAAGAUGAACUGAGCAACCAAGAGGCAGUACCCGGCGAUUCAGAUAUAUUUGGCAAGAAGAUCUCAGAAUCGUUGACCGUUGGACGAUGUCGUGAGAAAUUGAGACACAAGUACCUCGAUAAACUGUGCAAAAUUCAACUUAAGCCCUGGGAUAAAUCAGAUUACGCUGAGCUCAAAGAUUUGCAUACGGUCGUAAAAAUGAUGAGGAAAGACUCGAGUGGAAGAGAUACCAAAAAGAAAGAAGAAUUGGAAGGCUCUGUUGAUAAAAUAUUUUCUACGAAAGUAAACGGGAGACUGCCAUCUCGAAUCCUCAUUUCAGCUCCAGCUGGAGUAGGGAAGACAACAGCUGUUGCAAAGAUAGCGUAUGACUGGGCAAAAGAAAAAGAAGAAUCAGCAUUGGAGCAGUUGCCACUUCUAUUUGCUGUUAAAUUUCGUAACACAAGCCACAGGACAUCGAUUGGGGAAGCCAUCAAAACUCAGCUUUUAAGCGACGUUCAAGAUCUCUCACCGGAUGGUAUAGAGAGUUUCAUCCGUGAAAAUGAAGAGAUCUGUCACAUUAUCCUAGACGGACUGGAUGAAUAUGCAGGUAUUUCGUCACUGAACAAUAUUGUCAGCGUCAUUCGAUGUGACGAGUUUCCACAAUGCCGCGUGCUUGUAACAACACGCCCUCAUCUAGAAAGCUACUUCAAUCAAGAUGACCUUCCGAGGGUAUACACUAAGAUGUGGAUCGAAGGAUUUUCGAUGGAGAGAUCCAAAAAGUACAUCGACAGAUUUUUCAAACUGAAUUUGAGCGACGAAAAGGGUGAACAGCUGAAAGAAUACCUCAAAGACCAACCACUCUUCGGUGAACUUGCCAAAACACCUCUCUUUUGUCUUAUGAUCUGUCACCUGUGGAGUGAAGAUCAACUAGGUAGUGAUGUCAGUACCCAAACAGAUUUGUUUGACAGCGUGAAUAAAUUUUUAAUGCAUCAUGCAAACGCUCGCUUAGGGUCAACCACGUCAAGGCUAACCUACACUCACAAAAACUUAAAUAGGAUAGUUAAGGAAAUUGGCAGAGUUGCGCUCUACGGUCUACUCGAUGAUGCCAAGAAACUAAUCUUUACGCUUCCAGAUUUCCGUAAAAUUCCUCAUAUCCUUGAUAAGGCAUGCGAGCUCGGAAUAAUUUCCAAGACGACAGUGCCAAUCACAAACCUUCCUCAGUCCGACGAGACCACUUCCACUCAAAUUGAAUUUUAUCACAAAUUAGCACAAGAACAUUCGGCGGGUAAAUUCAUCGCUAGUGCAACACGGCGCUUACUAUUACGGUUAAGAGUAUCUAAGUUGGACCGAAUCUUGUGGAAGAUUAAUUCAAACAUCGGAGACUAUGAGGAACUCAUCCGAUUUGCUGCUGGCACAAACAGGCAUCUAGGAAUACGAAUAAUGGAAGCACUCCUUGCAAACGAGCAUUUGGAAGGGAAGGAACGGUACCGCAUUCUACUUGACUGUUCAUCAGAGUCCAAGGAUAGUGGAGGAAACAUGUCUUCGUUGGUUCAAAGAUGCGUCACUGCACAGAGUAUCAUUCUGAAGUCACCAACUAUGUAUACUGUCGUUGGGCUUAAAAACCUUCCGAAGCAACUGCAACAUGAGGUGAGGACAAUGAGGUUCGUGGAGUCUGUGCUUACGGCUGACGUGACCAGACGAAUGUGGUCCUGUCUCAAAACAUUUCCUAACUUACAUACCAUCAGCAUCAGAGACACUUCUUUAAGUGUUCCAUCACCUCUUCCUAAGCUCUCGUCAUUUACUAAGCUGUCAGCCGACAAAAUGACGCCUAGCUGUUACCAAAACGUACUCGCGUCUCUACCUAAUGCAAGGGGCCUUAAUGUAUCAAUCGCGAUCGAAGAUACGAGCAACACUUUCGAGAUAACAACCGAUACCAAGCGUAUGCAACAAAUUGUAUAUCGUCAACACGAUAUCAACACGAUCAAUGUGACACUUCAACAAUGCGUGUCACAGUCAUUGGGUGAAGUCAAUUUGGGAUUGAAAUCUAGAGGGCUCGCCCUUCUAUUUGGGGGACAAUCUCGGAAUCAGCACCUACUAUCUGUUUCUGGUGAUAUGGGCAGAUACGGAGAAACCCUGGUUGACCUGUUGGCCAAGACGACACAACUUACCAACUUGAAUUCUCCCUCACUUGCUUCAACGCAUCUUGUCAGUUGUAUUAAUAAAUAUAAGCUUUCUGAAGAGAUGACUACCAGGUUGUGGUCCUGUCUGAGAUCCUUCAACUCACUGAACCAUCUAUGCAUCUCAGACUCAUCUCUCAGUUUCCCUUCAUCUUCGAUUGAACUGUUAUCCGUCACAAAGCUAUCAACUGAGAAAGUGACGUCACAAUGCUAUGAAGGUCUGAUCUCAUCUCUCCCUGGUUUGGUAAUUAUCGAAAUCACUAUUGAUGAUGCAGAGGGAGACAUACAUCAGAUUACGGCCGUUCUCCGUCGGACAGGAGGACAGAGACUCGAAGGCAUCAUUCUUCGCAGUAUUCCGCUAUCACUCCCGACGCGGAAUAUGAUAAGACCAGGUCUGCUGUUCGAAAAACAUACCGAUAGCAUGAAAAUUAUUAAAUUGGAUGGAUCUGGAGAAAUGAAUGCAGAAGGAUGCGUUGAACUCCUCGAGUCGUUGGUAUUUUUGGCAUCACUGGCUUAUCUUCAACUGGAAUUUCUCGAUGGCUGGUCUUUCGACUUCAAAACAACGUCUGGUGUUGAGGUGAGCAUGAGUUGUGUCUAGUAUCGAAGAAGUAUAGUUUCACUCUAAAUUGAAGGUCAUUUGACAAGGAAAAAAGGUCACUUAUAAAGUAAAGAUGAUUGGGGGUCGGCUCCUAAAUGUAGGUCAUCAUUUUAUUUAUUUUUUUUGCUUGGCAGUCC